AUGAAAUGCUUACCCACUAAGCAAGCAAGUUGGCCUGUCAGAAAGAUAUUUGGUGUGAGAAAAUGGUUCCCACCAGGAGAAAUACAAAUUGCAUUGCUACAACACUGUACAAAAGGAAAAUUUGGCAUUAAGAAAGCAUACCAGGGAUUUAUACCACAAUUUCCCAAGGUGAGUUGGAAGGGCAUAACACUAGGGGCUAGCACUCUACGAAGACGUCAGUUCAUUACAUGGCUUGCUAUCCAGAAGAGACUAGCAACUGUUGAUAGGCUUGAAAAGUGGGGUAUUAGUGUGAACAAAGACUGUAUAUUGUGCAGUUCAGAGAAAGAAGAAACAAUGGAGCAUCUAUGGUUGGAGUGCAGCUAUGCAAAGCAUAUGUGCAGUGCACUGUUGAACUGGAUAGGAGUAGUACAUCUAACUACAAAUUGGGACACUAAGGUGCAAUGGCUAGAGAAGCAAGUUAAACACAACAGGGCCAGAGCAGAUGUACUAAAAUUUCUCUUCUCACCAACUAUUUAUCAUGUUUGGAAUGAGAGGAACAACAGAAGAUUUAGAGGGACUCAACAAGAGAGCACAAGAAAGCUUAAAGAAGUUGCUAUCCAGCUGCAUACUAGAGGAAAUCAUCAACAGAAGCGGAAGCAUGUUCUAGAGGACUUGAAUUGUUAUCCUACCUAG